AUGAGACUUGUGGCUGUGGUUGUGGUGUGCGGGCUGAUUGUUGGAGGGAGUGUGGGAGCAGCUCCGCCGGGAUUCCACUCUGCACAGAGGACACAUGCAACAGGAUCAGUCCUCUCGGCACUCAGGAGAAGAGCUGCAGGAGACUUGUUGGCGGAGGACGCCAACCCGUGUUUCUCCCUGAGAGAGAAUGAAGACCAGCGGCAGCUCCUGUGCAACGACCGCGGUAGUAAAUUCAACUUCAACCCGUUCGGCCUCCGCUUCGGGAAACGCUACAAUGGCUACGUUUACAGAAGAGCCGUUAAAACAGCCAGGACAAAUAAAGUCUCACCCCUUUCUCUCUUCUCGUGAGAACUGGAGGUGCCUACUUGAA